AUGUUCGAAUGUAUCUCUGAGAACUUCUCAGACUGGAAAGAGCAUAUGGCGGGGCUGAAAGCGAUCAUGAAGGCGGUGAGUACUGAUCAGCAUAGGAGGGGAGCGGAGCAAGCGGGGUGGAUUCUCUCGAAGAUGGUGAAGGUUCCAUUUGGACUAUGGAAUGGACUAGUCGAUCUUGGUGGUCAGGCUGGCAGGGAGAGUAUUGCGGUCCGUGAAGUUGAUGAGAUGGAGGAUCAGUCACCAAUGGACUGCAUUUAUUAUCAUGUCCUGGCAGUACUGCAACAUGGUGAAGCAGUGCGCUUGCGAGGUCGGAAGGCCACCAUGGCAGAGACGGCGGAUGCCCUGGAAGAGCUCGUGGCUGCAGAAGGCGAUCUGCACUGUGCUCUCAAAGAGAUGUAUCAGGAGUCUGAGGGUCCAGCUUAUCACACUGUACCCAUCGAUGGGUCGACUAAGCACAAGGACAGUGACGAUGUGUUCUCCCACUCUUUGCAAUUCGACAACAUCUACACCGCAUUGCACACAGCAUACUACUGGAUGUGCCUGCUGAGAUUGCGAACGAUGCACCUUGACAUCCGGAUAGCCGUGGGCAAGAAGGCUUACCCUCACGAGUAG